AUGUCAAAACCGGUCCUCGGUGAUCGACUAGCAAGGUGGUACCUCCGGUUUCAACAAUUUGAGAUCACAUACAUCCCUCAAAAGGCUGUAAAAGGACAGGCAUUGGCGGACUUCUUGGCGGAUCACCCGAUACCUGAUGAUUGGGAGCUAACCGAUGAACUUCCUGACGAAGAUGCAAUGGUCGUUGAAAUUCAAUCUCCGUGGAAAAUGUACUUUGAUGGUGCUGCACAACGUGAUGGAGCUGGUGCUGGUGUGGUGUUUGUUACUCCGCAGGGAGAAGUUCUACCAUACUCCUUUACUUUGACACAACGUUGCUCCAACAAUGUCGCUGAAUAUCAAGCACUAAUACUUGGACUUGAAAUGGCCGUCGACAUGAAGCGAUUCUGCGAUUCAAGAUGGCUUGGUGAUGUGACUCUUCAGCAUGUUCCUAGGAGGGAAAAUAAGAAAGCCGAUGCUUUAGCUGCUCUAGCUUCAGCGCUUACUCUGCCAGAUCAAACACAAGUGACUAUCUGUCAAAAAUGGGUAGUACCUCCGUCAAAUGAGGAUGAAGGCGCGGAAAGUGAGCUUGAGCAUCUCGUAGCUGUUUCUGAAGCUGCAAAGGAAGACUGGCGACAACCCAUCAUUGACUACUUAAGUUAUGGGAUACUGCCAGAAGACUCAAGAAGAAGAACUGAGAUUCGUCGUCGUGCACCUCGAUUCCUUUACUACAAGGAUACCUUAUAUAGAAGAUCUUUUGAGGGGAUACUCUUGCGAUGUUUGGGGGAGGAUGAAGCAGUCCAAGCUUUGCAAGAAGCACAUUCAGGAGUAUGUGGAUCACAUCAAUCUGGACCAAAGCUCCACUUCCACAUAAAAAGGAUGGGAUAUUAUUGGCCAACGAUGGUGAAAGAUUGCUUGGACUAUGCUCGAAGAUGCAAGGCUUGUCAGUUUCAUGCGAAUUUUAUACAUCAGCCGCCCGAAGCAUUACACCCGACCGUCGCAUCUUGGCCAUUUGACGCUUGGGGGUUGGAUGUCGUUGGUCCGUUGCCGAAAUCUUCUGGUGGACACUUGUACAUCUUGGCUGUAACCGAUUACUUCUCAAAAUGGGCCGAAGCUGUCGCUCUUAAAGAAGUGAAGAAGGAGAAUGUUGCGAACUUUAUCCGAGUAAAUAUCAUCUACCGCUUCGGCAUUCCUCGUUACAUAAUAACGGACAAUGGCAAGCCAUUUGAUAACAAAUUGAUGAACAAGAUUUGUGAUCUCUUCGGCUUCAAGCGAGCGUAA